AUAUUUCAGUGGACGCAAUAAUCCAGGAAGCUUUCAAUGAAGUUCCUGCUUCUCGCGCUAAUCACGUUGGCAGAAGCCUUCCCAUAUCCAAACACCAGAUUGGACCAACCUCACAGUAUUUCUUAUCUGGCUCAAAAAGCAGAUGUCGGACGUUGCGACGACGGAUGGGCUUACUACAGCGAAACGGACGCUUGUUAUAAGAAUUUUCUUCGGGAGACCUUUGGCGAUGCCGAGAGGAAAUGUGUCGCUUUUGGAGGACAUUUAGCUUCAAUCCACAGCGAAAGAGAAAACUCUAUCGUAAUUGAGAUGGCGGAGUCGGGUAUAAGGCUCACCACCACCUUCAGCGCAACUUGGAUAGGCUUGGUACGAUCUGACUAUAUGAACUUUUCGAAAUCGACGACGUCUAACUGGACCUGGACCGACGGCACGGAGGUUGACUUUCUAGCAUGGGCUCCAGGUGAACCAACUAACUAUCAAGGACAAGGACGUUGCACAAUGCUCUACGCAGAUCCUUUUGAAGACGACGCGAGGACUCUACAUUAUCAGAAGUGGGGCGAUACGAAAUGCUCCUACAAUGAGAGAUCUUAUGUGUGCAAGAAAAAGGCUUUGCAUUAG